AUGAGAGGAAAGACUAAACACACAGGACAGAAAAAAUACGAGUGUUUUGUCUGUCCGAGUCCGUCCGUGUUUUGUCUGUCUGUGUUUGUCCGUGUUUUUUCGUCUGUGUUCGUCCGUGCUUGUCUGUCCGAGUCCGUGUGUGUUUUUGUCUGUCCUCUCAUUUAAAUAUGCCGAGUAAAAAAAGUGGAAUUGAACGAGGAAGAAAAGACUGACCAUUAUU